CCGGUGUCCCCUCCCCUCUCCGGUCCCGGUUCCCGCUCCCGGUGUCCCCUCUCCGGUUCCGGUUCCGGUUCGGUUCCCGGUUCCGGUGCCAUGUCCCGGUGGGGUCGGUGCCCGUUGGUCGAGGACAGUUUCAGCCGGUUGGGCUCUCAGAGUAACGUGUACGGGCUGGCGGCUCUGCCCGCUCCCGGUGCCGCUCCCGGUGCCGGUGCCGGUACCGCUCCCGGUUCCGGUGUCGGUUCCGGUGCCGGUUCCGGUACCGGGGGUCUCCUGGCGGCGGCACUGAAGGGGAAGGUGCUGCUGUUCCGGUACCUGCAGCUGCGGCCCCGCCUGCGCCCGCUGGCCCGGGAGCUGCAGUUCACCUACAUCCCCGGACUCGGGGGACAAGCCCAGCCCUUCCUCAACAUUUACUGCGACUACGAACCCGGCUGCGAGUUCGACCUCGACUCCGUGGCCCAGAGCUGCCUCAACCUGGAGCUUCGCUUCACCCCCUUCCAGCUGUGCCACGCACAGGUUCGUGUUGGGGAGCACCUGGAGACCGUGUUCCUGCUGAGCGGGAACGACCCCGGGAUCCACCUGUACCGGGAGAACCCCGGCUCGCACCAGUUCGAGGAGCAGCCGAUCCAGCUGCUCUUCCCCGAGCUCCAGGACGUCCCCAGCACGGUUCUGUGGCUCCACGUGCAGCCCCUGCCGGGCUCUGGCCAUCGUCUCUCGGCCCUGGGCUGCCAGAGCGGCUUCGUGCGGGCGGCGCGAGUGGACGAGGGGAGCCGAGCGGUGCUGCAGAGCUGGAGCGUUCAGCAGGACGGGCCGAUCUCCACCGUGCUGCUCUUCCCCCUGCCCGCCCACGGGAGCGAGGAUCCCGAGGAUUCCUGGAGCCUCCUGGUGAGCAGCGCCCUGGAGGCGGCCGUGGUUUAUCGCCGGAUCCUCUCCCGGGGGCUUUCGGAUCCUCUGGAGCUCCCCGGGAGCCGCGGCUCCGACGCCGUCGUUUGCGCCAAAGUCACCGACGUCGACUUCGACGGCGCCGCCGAAAUCCUGCUGGGAACCUACGGCCAGGACCUGCUGUGUUACAAGUUCCUGGGGCCGUUUCCGGGCCGUUUCCGUCCCCUCUGGAGUCGCCGUUUUCCGUCUCCGCUUUUGGCUCUGGAGCCGCUGGAUCUGACGGGGGAUGGGCUCCGGGAGCUCGCCGUCGUCUGCCUGGGGGGGCUGCACGUCCUGCAGCACAGCCUGGAGCCGACGGCGCGGCUGCUCCGGGAGCGGCUCCGGCGGGAGCUGCGGGAAAAGGAAAAAAUGUGGGAAAAAAACCGGAAAAAACGGAAAAAACGGAAAAAACGGAAAAAAAAGGAGGAAGAGGAG